AUGAUAUGGGAGGAUGUGGACACGGCAGCUGAUGAUGAUGCGAUCAUCGACAGUUCCAACUCGGCCUCUCGCAGAGCCUCCAAGCAAACCACUGUCUCAACUGGGCCGCCACUCCUACCUCAACAACAGUACUACUCGCCAUUGUCCUUGAGUCCUCAAGCCGCAUACCAAUUUCAGAGCCCCCAACCUUUUCCGAGCUUCCAGCAGCCUCCCCAAAUUCAUCAACACCAGCAGAUACAGACGGCUCAGUCAAUAUCGCAUCCAACGUCACCCUAUGCUCCACAACCAGCGCUACCGCCCCAUAUACCUCAGAAUCAGAUACAACAACCUCACGUGAUCGCACCGCAGCUUCCCUCCCAAAACCAGGCGUCAUCACCGGUCUCUCGGAAGAGGAAAGCGCCCGGGGGUGUGCCAUCACCAUCACCGAAUCUUGUUUCUUCACUUCCUCCUCAGAUGAGAGGGCCACCUCAACAGAUGAGUGCUGAUCCACAGGCACAGACAAAGGUCGAAGAAGGCGAGGAGGAGAUCGCAGCACCCCCACCGCCGAAGAAGAAUAGGACAAACACCCCAUGGUCGCCAGCCGAAGAAGCAUUGCUUCGGCGCAUGCGCGACGCGGGGAAAAGCUGGAGUGAGAUUGCAAAGUCCUUCCCAUCGCGUACGGAGGGAAGUGUAAAGAAGCACUGGUACAAGGAUAUGCACUAUGCCGAGUUUGCCGAGGACGAGAGCCAGGCUCUACUCAAUGCCAUCAAAGAGUAUGAGCAGAAUAAAUGGAAAUUCAUCGGGCAGAAGGUGGGAAAGCCUGCGAAGAAUUACAAUACUACCACAGAGACCUGA